GACAACCACCGGCAUAAUAUCGCCAACAUGCCGAAGAAAUCCUCAACAGCGAUUACAGAAGUACCGGGAUACGCAGUGCUUCCCGUGAAACUACCCCCAGCGUCAUCUUCAUUCCCGAAACCAGUCACGCAUUAUGUAUAUCUGCGACCACAUGAACCCCGUAUACCAGACGCGGACACUGCACGGUCAUUAUUUCUCGUGAAUGUGCCCGUUGAUACAACAGAAUUGCACCUGCGACAUUUAUUCUCGAGUCAAUUGUCGGCCGGGCGGGUUGAGAGGGUCCAUUUUGAGGGGGUAUUCUCCCGAUCAAAUGCUGUUACUACACAUGCACCUACGACAAAUACCGCAGAGACAUUAUCUUCACAGCAAGGCAAAAAACGUAAACGACAAGACGUGGUGACUUCUCAAGAAUUGGAAACGCAAUUACGUUCUGCCGGAUUACCGUCAACAUGGGAUAGGGAAUUACAUACUAGCGGAACACAUGCAAUAGUCACUUUUGUCGACCGACCGGCCAUGGAGGCAAGUCUCAAAGCCGUACGGAAAUUUGCCUCUAAAGAGAGAAAGAGUCCUAUCAUCUGGGGCGAAGGUAUUGAAGAUAGACUUCCCGCGCUCGGGAUAACACGAUACAGGAAACAUGCCUCAAAAAUCCGUUAUCCGUCGGCGGACGAAUUAUUGAGUAUUGUGAAUAAUUACAUGGCCCUAUAUACACAAUGGGAAGAAACGCGUGCCCUUGAAGUGUCCCGUCGCGCCGCAGAGCCGGAUGAAGAUGGUUUCAUCACGGUUACUCGUGGUCCACGAUUCACGGAUGUUGCGCGCGAAGAUGAGGUUAAAGAACUCGUUGAGAAGCAGCGGAAGAGAGAGGAAGGUCUGGGAGACUUUUAUAGGUUCCAGACUAGAGAGAAGAGGAAGGAGAGACAGAAUGAGUUGUUGAGGAGGUUUGAUGAGGAUAAAAGAAAGAUUGAGAAGUUGAAGAAGAGUCGGGGGAGGAUUAUGCCUGAGGGAAUGUGAUAGUGACGGAGAUAAUCUUCAUGUUUAGAAAAUUUCAUGCAUUGAUACCGGC